AUGGAGACUAAGGUCUCAGGACCAGGCAGAAUUGACGAAGCUCUCCUUCCUGGCACGAUGCUCAAAUCGAAUCAAAAUCAAAAACCACGGGUUAAGAGUCUACCCACUGCAAACUCGGUGGUAAUAGAUCUCACCGGAGGCCCCGACAGCGACAACGACAACAACAACAACAACAACAACAACAACAACAACGACGACGACGACGACGACGACAACGACAACGGCAGUGGCAGCAGCAGCGGCCCAGCAGCGUCUUCCCCCACUACGUCUCCCCCCACUACCAAAAGCACCAACAAGGAGCCAUGUGGGACUCCGACCGAGAAAAACUCGAAGGGAAAGCCAAUUGGUCAAGGCACUUCUCAUGAUAAUAAUAAUCAUAAUAAUAGGAGGAAAAGCGCGGGUCCUCCCCGGCCCACGGGUGUUAAGAAGAAGCCACGGAAGAGUGCAAAAUCCAAGAGCCUAGGCAGUGCUGUUGAAGCCCAUGCCGCUCAACAGGCCAGCCCACCACGUGCUAACGCACGAACAGAGGUUGUUAACUUGUCCAUGCAACCGGAAGAACUCAAAGAGUUCCCUCGUGUACUUGCUAGAGUGGCCGGGACAGAUGCUCGUGCCCAGGGAGUGUUCAAAAUCACCCUCCCGCUCGAGAGUAGAAGACUUGGAUAUGUCACAACUUGGCGCCCAAAGUCAUAUCUCGAGUAUUCGUCCCAGGGGCUUGGCAACGGAUUGUCCCGUGUUGAGCUCAGAUACACGAAGAACACAACCCAUAUAGGUGGCUUCAAUGGGCGCUCUGAGGAUCCCCCAUCUUUAUUGGAAUUGGUCAAGAAGCAGGAGGAUCGGCUCGCAUCCGACCGGCUUUCAGGGCUUCAAUAUCGAGUCGGAGUCCCUCUCAGGUCCGACAAUGAACGCCGGGGGAUGGGUCUCCCUCCAAAAAGCCCCAUUCACCCUUUGGACGGUAGCCGACUUGCUCAAACGCCACGCUGCAUCGAUGGUAUACAUAACCCACGAUGCUAUGAAACAGAUACGGCCCAAGGGACACCAUUCGUGAUGAGCUUGGAGGAAUGCAACCUACACCUGGUUCAUUACCUCUAUGAGGGGAGGAGAGUGUGGAUCUGCAUCUCCCCAGGCGCCAGGGAACAGUUUGAGGCAAGAUUGCGCCAGGAGAUUGCGAGAGUGCGUGGCGAAGACGCUGAGACCUUGCGUUGCGGCCAGUUCGCUCGGCAUGCACGACUCUACUUCAACAGAUCCCUGCUUGAGGAUUGGGGAAUAGAAUACACAAUUGUCGACCAGAAAGCCGGUGAGGUGGUGGUUCUCCUCCCCGGAACAUACCACCAGGGCUUCACCCCGGGGUACACCAGGGCCGAGGCAAUCAACUACGCGGACGAGAAGUGGGCACCUUCCAAGCUCCCGUGGUGCGAUAGCAGCUGCCCUGAGUACCCCAUCGACCCUCACGACAUGUAUUUUGACGUUGUCGAUGCUAGAGCUCCAGAGGCGUCCAUCGACAGGGGAGGAGGUACGGGUAGGGCAGAUGAGCAUCAGCUCAGAAGCGAGAAGGGGCAGGAUCCUGCCAUAGCAACGAAUCUUGGCAGAUCGCUUACCCCGUACGGCAGAGAGCUUGUCCAGGCCUUCAACAACAAUAAUUUGGACCUUGACAGCGUAGGAAAGGCGCGGGUUUUGCAGUUGAUCUUGCAAUGCGAGUGGCCUUACUCGGAUGAUAUCAAACGGGGAAGCGAUGACGCAGCUAGGAAAGCGCGGCUAUUCGCCUCUGUCGCACGUGUCAAAAUGGUCCGCCGGAGUAUGGGUGAAUUAAAAUCACGCGUAGGCUCAGCCUUGGGGCGGACGGGCGCCUAUCAGCGGGCGCUGCAAGAGGUUGCGGAAACCCAUAACUGCUCAGCCGAUGACUUUGAGAAGCUGAUAAAUCAAGGCGUGAUGCUCGAAAAGAUGGUAAAUGCGCUUGGCAUGCACAUUCUCUUGACGCUCCCGAUCAGAGAGGUAAAGGCGAUCAACUUCGCGCUCUUUCCCGGCGAUGACUUGCAGCAACCCUUAUUAAGGAAACCCAUCCAAGCAUCAAGGUAG